GACGAAAGUCGCAUUUAACAUCAGUGUAGUGGACUGGUUAUCUUAUCAGGCGGUUUGAAUUGUGCAGCGGGUUAUGUUUUAUUGUCACGAGAAACAGUUUGCAAGACAAGUAAAUUCGCAUUUGCCAUGGCUGUUGGGAUACUGAAGGCAUACGAGAAAAUGCCUAUGUUAAACUCUGCAUGUAUAUUGUUGAUAGGUUCGGACAUAGAGCAACAACAACAGCUUGCUGAUGCUAUUUUGAAGGAGGAAAGAACGUUCAGAAUAAAAAUCCACUUGGCCACGAGUUUGCCUUUGCCUUCAAGUAUGGAUGCCCUCAGACCCCGGAUUGACCUGGUUGUAUUUCUAAUCAAUCUGCAUAGUAAGAAAAGUCUUACAACAGUGGAAAUGUCCUUGCCUUACUUGGAUAAGAAUUUGUUUAUUGGUAAAGUUUAUUUCCUUGCUACAGGAGCUGCAAGAAGGGAACACUGCAGUGUAGAAAUGUAUGACGUGAAAAAACUUGCUGAUGCGUACUGCAGCCCAGUCUUCUUUAUGGAAUUAGAGUCUGAAAAAUCAAGAUCAGUUACUGCUGAGCGUCUGAUUGAAGUGCUUCGAAUUGCUGCAGGACAUGUACAAGGAAUGUCAUCUGUAUUUCUAAGCUCUUUGUUGAUGCCAUUUCACAGAGAUAGUGAUGACUUUUAAUGUGCCUCUUUUGUUUAUUUUGGAAUCUUUAUACCUGUGAAAAUACUAAAUUAGCAUUUUCUCAGCUGAAAAUUGUUUAAAAUUUAAACCAUAAUAAGUGUGUUUCCAUUGGUAUUCCUGAGGAGGUUCGGUUUCUUCCCACAUUCCAAAGACUUGCAGUAGGUGAAUUGGACACACUAAAUUGGUCAGAGUUGCGAGUGUGUGUGUGUGUGUGUGUCUGUUUUGUGUGGCAGAACCACUGUGGCAGGGCUAGCCACCUGGCAGUGUGAACACUGGCCCCAAGUAAUUGUCACUGCUGAUGUGACACCCUGGUCUCAAGUGCAACAGUGGAAAAAGAAAGGGGUGUGGAUGGAUAAGAUAGCAACAGUUUUGAAGCUGUAACAAUGCCAUUAAAACAUUUACUUUUUUAAUUAUGCAUGCACUGUAAAACAAGAUGGAUUGUAUUUGUGGUUAGGAAGCAUCCUUUAUAUUAUUGAGUUUUAUUAAUAAGUAAAACAAAUGAAAUUUCACCUUAUGUAAAUAUCCAUCUGUUUUAAGUGAUAUGUUGUUUUUUUUUUUUUAAUUUGUAAGUUAUUUGCUUUAAAUAUUAACAAAGGUGACUUUAUUACUGUCAGAUAAAUUUCUACAGCAGGCUUAAUUUUAAAUUUGUCUGUAUUGGCAAACAAUUGUUUAUGCUGCAUUCUGAUAAUAGUACAGUAAAAGGUAAUGUGAACUUGAUCAGACUAAAGACUUAAUGUCUCAAAGCUAAUCCAAGGUAUUUUCUUGAACUUCAAAUAAACAAUAGAUUAGCUGUUA